GCUCUUGAAGGACUUCCCUCAAGAAUAGGAUUACCGAGCUUCAGCCGAUAGCGUAGGACUCCGUUUUACGCCUCUCAUCGAAAACGAACAAAACAGUUUAAAAUUUUAACGGUUUCUUUUAACGGAGCUUCGUCUCUCUUUUUUAUAUAUAUUUAUAAAAUGUGUGCGUGAGGAAGGGCUUGGAGAUAGUUUUUAAUACAGAGUGAUUAGGGAAGUGAUUAACACGGACGAGUUUUGGGGCAAAGGACUGUGUAACGUUCUUCCAUUUUUAUGAGAUGAGCCUGAUCAUACGUAAUUUGCAGAGAGCUAUUCCAAUCAGGAGAGUCCCACUUCGCAAGAAUAUAGAACAACUCCGUUAUAUUUUGGGUGUGCAAAAGUUUGACCUUGGUGUAAUUUGUGUUAGUAAUAUGUACAUACAGCAAAUCAACAGAACUUACAGACAGAAGAAUAUCCCUACUGAUGUGCUAUCUUUUCCUUUUCAUGAGAAUCUAAAAGGUGGAGAAUUACCCCAGCCCUGUUUUCAAAAUGACAAUUUGGGAGACAUUUUUCUAGGUGUAGAAUAUAUCUAUCAACAAUGUAGACAGAACCACGAUGAUUAUAACAGCAUUCUUACAGUGACAGUUGCUCAUGGCAUGUGCCACUUACUUGGUUAUAAACACAAUACAGAAAAAGACUGGCAACAAAUGUAUGAAAAGGAAACACAAAUUCUGCAUGAAUUAAGCAAAUUGACAGGCACAAACUUUGAACCUCUGUCAAAACACCAUUUCUAAAUGUUGUAUUUAUAUGUUGUUUCAUUAAAAUAAAUCUAUUUUAUAAAAAGAAA